CCUUACCAAAUUCAUCCUUCCUCCCAACCCUAGAUUUUCCCCUGCUUUUGUUUUUCUCUGUUAUUUCUUUGGAGAUUCAAUGGAACGACUUCGCCCUUCUGCAACUGCUCUUUUCCUGAUGAUCAUGUUUCAGUUUUAUCUCUCUAUCAAGGUAGGAGGAAUUGGAGUGAACUACGGCAUGCUGGGGGACAAUCUUCCUCCUCCAAGCCAGGUCAUUGCUCUCUUGAAAUCCCGGGGAGUUACCGGAGUUCGACUUUUCCAUCCCAAUCUCGAUGCUCUCCGAGCUCUCCAAGGAGCCGGAAUCCAAGUCAUCCUUGGAACCCUGAACCAGGACCUUCAAGGACUCGCAUCCAACCCAUCUUUCGCCACAAACUGGGUUCAAACUAACGUAAUUCCCUUCUCACAAACCGUUCAGUUCUCCUGCAUAUCUGCCGGAAACGAAGUCAUUCCGGGAGAGUUAGCAGAGUAUGUGUUGCCUGCCAUGGUAAACCUGAAAGCAGCCUUGCGAUCAGCCGGUUUGGGACAAACCCCGGUGAGUACAUCUGUUUCCACGAAAAUUAUUGCCGAUUCUUUCCCUCCUUCUCAUGGGAAAUUUUCCCCGGAGGUGAGUUCUAUAAUGAGGUCGAUCACCGCCUUCCUCGCCGCAGACGGCAGCCCCCUGCUGGUGAAUGUGUACCCUUAUUUUGCAUACAUAAGUAACCCACAACAAAUUUCCUUAAGUUACGCAUUAUUUACAAGCCCUGAGGCUGUCAUCGUCGACGGAGGACUCGAGUACGAUAAUCUAUUCGACGCAAUAACCGAUACAGUUUACUCUGCUUUAGAAAAAGCCGGCGGUGAAACUGUUGAAAUCAUUGUUUCAGAGUCGGGAUGGCCGUCGGCAGGAAACGGGGACAUAGCGACGGUUGAGAAUGCUCAGACGUACAACAAUAAUCUAAUCGCGCAUGUUUCAGAAGGAUGUGGUACGCCCAAGCGGCCAUGUAAAAGACUAGAGACCUACAUUUUUGCAAUGUUUAAUGAGAAUCUGAAGCCACAGGGGACCGAACAGCACUUUGGUUUGUUCUUCCCUAACAUGACGGAAGUGUACCAUGUUCAAUCCAAUUAGCCAUUGAGUAGAUACUACGAGUAACAGGGCCUAACUUUCCAUUCUUGUAUGGAACAAUACUUUCGGGUAGAUGACUAGAUGCCAUAUACGAUCCAAUGUUAUUUAAUAAAAUUUAUUUUAAUUU